AUGUUGACGGCAUUGCGGUACCGGGACCGGAAACACCCGUUGCUGCUGGAAUGGAGAGCCUCAAAAGGGUUUAUCGUCUUUGUGGUUGUAUUCGCUAUUUUCACUGUAGGAGAUCAGUUCCUGACAUUUUGUUGUAUGGGAUUGUAUGUAUAUCGGGUUACGCCUCGACGUUCGAGUCUGACAAAUCCUCAGAUUGUGCCAGUGACUCCGACUGCGUUGAAUGAAAGAGCUGGCAUUGCAGAGGGCGAUGGUAGCCUCACCCAGAACGCGAGGAACGAAGUACUGAUUAAAGGCUCAGCCCCCGCAGGGUAUCUCGCUGACCGAAUCGAGUCGCGCCGGUGGCCGCUGAUCCUCGGCCUCGUCGCGCUCGGCGCCUCAACGGCGCUUCUCUGCGUCGGAACCCACAUCGGGCUCUGGAUAGCCGGCCGUCUAUGUCAGGGUGUUUCUGCAGCUGUCGUCUGGACAGUCGGAUGUGCACUGCUGGUCGACACUGUCGAUAAAGAGGGCCUGGGCCAGGCUCUUGGGUAUAUAGGCAUGGGGAUGACCUUUGGUGCCAUGGGCGGCCCUUUACUCGGCGGUGUUUUGUACGAGCACGGCGGGUACUACUCGGUAUUUGCAUUGGCGUUUGCCCUAAUUGCACUGGAUAUCGUCUUUCGAGUUGUCAUGAUUGAGAAGAAGGAUGCGGUUCGGUGGCUCGCUGAGCAUGAACAGGUGCAAGAACCGGUAUCAGGGACUUUACAGCUACAGCAGCCAGACGAUAUCGUGGGCCGGGAAGGCGAGGAUGAACAUGAAAAAAGGUCUUCAGAGCCAGUACCUCUACGGAGCAACAACCCUUUCCCACCCUCGUCUGUCGAACAGCCACCAAAGAGAAAGCAGCGAAAGGCAGCCCUGCUCACCCUCCUCGAGUCAUCGCGCAUUCUCGUCGCCCUCUGGGCCUACUUCAUCCUCUCUUUACUUCUCACUUCUUUUGACAGCGUUCUCCCGCUCUUCGUCGAGGAAACAUUCCACUGGAAACAAACCGCCCAAGGCCUAGUCUUCAUCCCCCUCACAGUCCCACACAUCCUCGACCCUAUAUUUGGUUAUAUCAACGACAACUACCCCUCGUCCCGCCGAUACCUCGCAGGGGGGGCAUUCUUCGCAACUGUCCCGGUUCUUGUCUGUCUGCGUUUCGUGAUGACGGACAGCAUCCAUGAUAUCAUCCUUCUAUGCGCACUUUUGGCUCUAGUUGGAGUCUGUAUAGCCGCUAUGUUCUCAAUCAUCCUAGUGGAAGUCUCCUACGUCGUGCAGGAGAAAGAAGAUGCUAAUCCCGGGGUUUGGGGGAAGGGAGGCGCGAUGGCGCUGGCCUACGGGUUGUCGAAUUCCGCGUGGGCCGGCGGCAGUCUCGCGGGUCCGUUUCUGGCAGGAUUUAUUCGGGAGAGUGCGGGAUGGGGGACUAUGGCGUGGGUUUUGGCACUAGUGGUGGGGAGUACCGGGGUGCCGGUUUUGGGCUUUAUUGGGGGCUGGCUCUUUCGGCGAUGUGAAGGGAGAAGUGACAGACAGGUGAGGGGCGACCAGCGGCGUGAGAUGCCGGUAGCCUGA